UGGCUUGAGAGAAUUGCAAAGAUAUUAAAAGAAAAUUCCGAAAAAAAGUCAAUAAUUUUUAAAUACUUUAUUUUAAUAAUAAACGCAACUGUUACUUUAAUAAGCAAUUUGAUAAUUAGAGAAGAAUUCUUGGGAGGGCAGAAGAAAAGCUAUGUCAUUAAUCGAUAAAUUGCAAGAACAAGAACCAAUAUUUGCGGAUGACGACCCACAAGUUAUAAUUAGCGACGACGACCCACGCGCAAUUAACAUGCCUAACGGUCAGUCUAUGGAUUCACUAAGAUCCUCCUUUACCAAUCGCAGCUCUACUCCAGACUCCUCACAUAAUUCGCUAGAAGGCGAUAUUAGCCCCGAUGAGAAAGAGGAAAAAGCACGCCUCAUAUCGCAAGUCUUGGAAUUACAGAAUACUUUAGAUGAUUUAUCUCAACGUGUUGAUUCCGUCAAAGAGGAAAAUUUAAAAUUGCGUUCCGAAAACCAAGUUUUAGGCCAAUAUAUCGAAAAUUUAAUGUCGGCCUCUUCUGUUUUUCAAUCAACCAGCCCCAAUUCCAAAAAGAAGUAAUUUGCAAAGCAGAAAAAAGAAAAAGUGUUCAUACAUAGUCCUUUAUUUUAAUUUUUAUUUAAAAAAU